AUGGGUGAUUCUAAUGGAGUCUCCACCGACAAGACGGGCAAGUAUGAUCUCCCGGUGGACACGGAGGAUAAGGCAACAGUUUUCAAACUCUUCUCAUUCGCCAAACCUCACAUGAGAACGUUCCAUCUCUCGUGGAUCUCUUUCUCCACAUGUUUUGUCUCGACGUUCGCGGCUGCACCACUUGUCCCCAUCAUCCGAGAGAAUCUCAACCUCACAAAACAAGACAUCGGUAACGCUGGAGUUGCGUCCGUCUCGGGGAGUAUAUUCUCUAGGUUGGUGAUGGGAGCAGUGUGUGAUCUUCUAGGUCCACGUUACGGAUGUGCAUUUCUUGUGAUGCUUUCCGCACCAACAGUGUUCUCAAUGAGCUUCGUGAGUGGAGCCGCAGGGUUCAUAACGGUGAGGUUCAUGAUUGGAUUCUGUCUAGCGACUUUUGUGUCGUGUCAGUAUUGGAUGAGCACUAUGUUCACUAGUAAGAUUAUUGGUCUGGUGAACGGGACAGCAGCCGGGUGGGGAAACAUGGGCGGUGGCAUAACGCAGUUGCUCAUGCCGGUUGUUUAUGAGAUCAUAAGGCGUUGUGGUGCAACAGCGUUCACAGCCUGGAGAAUCGCGUUCUUUGUACCUGGUUGGUUGCACAUUAUUAUGGGAAUCUUGGUGCUCACGCUAGGUCAAGAUCUCCCUGGUGGGAACCGAAAGGCUAUGGAGAAAAAGGGAGAAGUUGUCAAAGACAAAUUUGGAAAGAUUAUGUGGUGCGCCGUUAGAAACUACAGGACUUGGAUCUUUGUUCUUCUAUAUGGAUACUCGAUGGGAGUUGAGUUGAGCACUGAUAAUGUUAUCGCUGAGUACUUCUUUGACAGGUUCCACUUGAAGCUUCACACAGCUGGAAUCAUAGCAGCAUCUUUCGGAAUGGCCAAUUUCUUUGCUCGUCCAGCAGGAGGCUAUGCAUCUGACAUUGCAGCCAAGUACUUCGGGAUGAGAGGAAGGUUGUGGGCGUUGUGGAUCAUUCAGACGGCAGGUGGUCUCUUCUGUGUGUGGCUCGGCCUCGCAAACACCCUCGUCACUGCUAUUGUAGCCAUGAUCCUUUUCUCUUUAGGAGCACAAGCCGCUUGCGGGGCCACCUUUGCAAUAGUUCCCUUUGUCUCCAGGAGAUCCCUAGGCAUCAUCUCGGGUCUAACCGGGGCUGGAGGGAACUUUGGAUCAGGACUAACACAGCUUAUCUUUUUCUCAACGUCACAGUUCACAACUGAACAAGGGCUAACGUGGAUGGGAGUUAUGAUAGUCGCUUGCACGCUGCCUGUGAUGUUAUGCCACUUUCCUCAAUGGGGAAGCAUGUUCUUUCCUCCUUCUACAGAUCCUGUGAAAGGUACGGUGGAGUAUUAUUAUGUUUCUGAGUGGAGUGAGGAAGAGAAGAAGAGGAACAUGCAUCUAAGCAGCGUCGCGUUUGCCAAGAACGCCAGGUCUGAGGAUGGCCGCGGCGCAAGUUCAACCGUUACUGUUUGA